CUGGCAAGGGGUCCCCGCCGUGCCAGGCGGGCAGUGCCAAAUCCGGGGAUCCCGGAGCUGGGGGGAGGGCCGGGGACAGCCCGGCCCUGCCCCCUCCCUCGCGGGGUGCCCAGCGACUUGUGAAGAAAGUUUGGCUUCGAUUGAGAGGUGCCCCGAGGAUGGGCAGGGUCCCGCUGGCCUGGGGCUUGGCAUUGUGCUGCUGGGGGUGCGUGGCCCCCAAGGGCACACAGGCUGAGGCAGACCCCUUUGUGGGGAGCCCGGGGAACGUCACUGGUGCCCGGGGCCUCACAGGAGCCCUUCGGUGUGAGCUCCAGGUUCAGGGAGAGCCCCCCGAGGUGACCUGGCUUCGGGAUGGCCAGAUCCUGGAGCUGGCAGACAGCACCCAGACCCAGGUGCCCCUAGGCGAAGAUGGGCAGGAUGACUGGAAAGUGGUCAGCCAACUCAGAAUCUCAUCCCUGCAGCUGUCAGAUGCAGGCUGGUACCAAUGCGCCACAGUCCUGGGAGGAAAGACCUUCGUGUCCCAGCCCGGCUAUGUCGGGCUGGAGGGCCUGCCUUACUUCCUGGAGGAGCCUGAGGACAGGGCUGUGACCGCCAACACCCCCUUCAACCUGAGCUGCCAGGCCCAGGGACCCCCGGAGCCUGUGGACCUACUCUGGCUCCAGGAUGCGGUGCCCCUGGCUCCGGCCACGAGCCGCGGCCCCCAGCACAUGCUGCGUGUUCCAGGUCUAAACAAGACAUCUUCUUUCUCCUGUGAAGCCCUCAAUGCCAAAGGGGUCACCACAUCUCGCACGGCCACCAUCACAGUGCUACCCCAGCGGCCCUGCGACCUCCACCUGGUCUCCAGCCAGCCCACAGAGCUGGAGGUGGCUUGGACUCCAGGCCUGAGUGGCAUCUACCCCCUCACCCACUGCACCCUGCAGGCUGUGCUGUCAGACGAUGGGGUGGGUAUCUGGCUGAGAGAGCCAGACCCCCCAGAGGAGCCCCUCAUCUUGCAAGCAUCUGUUCCCCCUCACCGACUUCGGCUGGGCAGCCUACAUCCUCACACCCCUUAUCACAUCCGGGUGGCUUGUACCAGUAGCCAAGGCCCCUCACCCUGGACCCACUGGCUUCCCGUGGAGACACCAGAGGGAGUGCCCCUGGGUCCCCCUGAGAAUGUUAGUGCUGUGCGGAAUGGGAGCCAAGCCCUCGUGCGUUGGCAGGAGCCAAGAGCACCCCUGCAGGGCACCCUGUUAGGGUACCGGCUGGCCUAUCGAGGCCAGGACACCCCCGAGGUGCUCAUGGAAGUAGGGCUCAAGCAAGAGGUGACCCUGGAGCUGCGGGGCGAUGGGACUGUGUCCAACCUGACUGUAUGCGUGGCAGCCUACACCGCCACCGGGGAUGGACCCUGGAGCCUCCCUGUGCCCCUGGAGCCCUGGCACCCAGGACAAAGACAGCCAAUCCACAAGCUGGGUAAGGGCUCUCACCCCCCCUCCCCUCCUUCCCUUCCCUCAACCCCGAGGGAAGACCCCAUCACCACAUAACCACAUGCUCUUUGC